AUGAGUCGUGCAUCGACGGUGAAUGCGGCCAUUGGGGCUCGCCUCCAACUCGCGUCUGAUUCACUUUCUUUCUUUCUUUCUUUUCUUUUUUUCUUCUUGUUGCCAGUGGUGGUGACAGUGGACAACCAGCCCAUCCGUCUGCAGCUCUGCGAUACUGCGGGACAGGACGACUUCGACUCCCUGCGGCCCCUGUGCUACCCGAACGCGGCGGUGCUGCUACUCUGCUUCUCGGUGGUGUGCCCCACGUCAUUUCAGAACGCUUCUCAAAAGUGGCUGCCUGAGUUGCGGCGCCACUGUCCCGACGCCCCCAUCGUGUUAGUCGGCACGCAGUGCGACCUGCGCACGGACGUCAAGGUUCUCAUCGAGCUCGCCCGUUACGGCGAGGAGCCCGUGCCAGAGUCCGCGGCGCGGCAUGCCGCACACCGCAUGGGGGCGCUGGCCUACGUCGAGUGCUCGGCGCUGACGCAGAAGAACCUCAAGGAGGUCUUCGACACGGCCAUCGUCGCCGCGCUCCGCCGGAACAGCCCUGGCCUCGUUGGCAAGGGCUUCAACCUGCUCCCUUCCAGGUCGUCGCCGGGCUCCAGGAACGGCACGGGACAGUUCAGCAACGGAUUCGUGCCGUUUCCCCGGAGACGCGCCAUGUCGCUAGACCGACGAGGCGCGAGGGACGACGAGGAGAAGAAGACGGGAUGGAAGAAGCUGUGCUGCUUCAUUUGAGGAAGUGUUUGCUGCGCAUGCGCGCGCGUGUGUGACGUGUGUGUGUCCGUGUAUGGCGCGUGUGACUGAGUGGUGGUUCCUAAGGACCUGAGUGACGGUUUCAAUAAGGACCUGAGUGAUGGUUCCAAUAACGACCUGGGUUGGCGGUUCUAACAAGGACCUGAGUGACGGUUACAACAAGGACCUUGACGGUUCCAACACGAACCUGGGCUAGAAAAUCGUUCCAUCAAGUGCGUCAAGCGUUGCUGCUUGGUCUUUAGGCCGCUUUGGUUCUCUCACGUGCCUGUCACCAUCCGUGUGCAACGACCGAUGGCGGCCAUUCUUUUUCGAGUAGAGAUAUAGACCGACAUUACAAUGCUACCAUGAAACACAAGUCUCAGGGUUGAAGUCUGGCGAUUUGGCUACAGUAAAGUGUGGUGGCGUUGUUCGGCCUUAGCCGUGCUUCUCUGUCAGCUGACCACGUGAUCUACGAUGCAACGACGCCCCCAGGCUCGAUCUUUAAAACUAGGGGAUGUGACCAAGGUGUGCAACUCAAGUCGAGUCUCAACGUUUCCCGAGUCAAGAUCCAACGAUGUCGAAAGUUGGGCAAGUUGGAAUACACGAUUCAAGAUCCGGACACCGCAUGUGGGACUAAGGAGCAGCUAUGAGUCAUUCGUUACUUCCUGGAAGUAGCUUUGCGAAUGCGUUCCGAUCGCACUCUACGGACGCUUCGUGAGCAGGACGUCAUCAAACAGUGAGCGCUGGAUACUUGCAAGCGCACCUCGCUUUAUAGACAAUCGCCCAUUGUUGCCUGCAGCAGCUGGUUUUUCGGCGAGAGUGGUCCUUGAACGAUAAGUCUCGAGUGUGCGAAGUCAAAAGCGUCGAAGCGGUGACUACGACGACUUGAGAAAAAAAAAGAACUAUGUAUACCAGUUCUAGUGUAUGUAUAGCUUGGGACUGCUCCCUCUGGCUCGUUAAUAUGUGACUAGUGGGCGCUUCUGGGUAACGGUGCCACCCACAGUAGUGCCGUUUCCACUUGCCAGAGGUCCUGCACUCGACCGGUGCUGCACACGUCCUGCAAAACCGGUAUUCCGUGAACUGCGAUAGAUUCUACCGACGCAGGUUCUUAAAAAAGUUGACGUGGAUAAAAUUUAUGCUUGGCAUUUUUCAAGUAUGCGAAAAAUUCUCGCUUCAAAAACAUCCUACGGGACUUGCAGCACUGUCAAGUGUGGUGGUCUCCCAGUGCCACCAUUUUUAUGUGUGUGUGAAGCUGAAGCAGCUCACUUGUCGGUGUGUGUGAAGUUGAAACAGCUCGCUUGUCGACUGAAGCAAUGUGCGUGAUAACCACGGCAUCAAGCAUCAGCUAACCUGUCGAACGUGCCGUCUGCACUGUGUACUCUAUACCAUCUGGUCUCGCACGUGUGAUCUGGUCACGGUGUUCGGUCUAACUGACCUCUGGCGGAUGGUGGCGAUAACUGCGCAGUUGAGUGUGGCAACCGCAUCACUAUGGUACUUCGAGACCUCCGGCAAAAUAUAUAGUUGCCAGUCUUGGAGUACAGUGCCGAUUGCUAUAAGACUCCGAAACUACCGGCUAAUCUCUUAUCUGGUUGCCAGUCUCGGAGGACAGCGAUGAUUAUGACACUACUAUAGCUAAAACCAUUGUCACGGUCCGUUGGGGCAAUGCUGAGACGUGACCAAGGACGUGACGUUAUUUGACAUUGUUAAGGAGCCUGUGUAACGCGAAGUGUCGAGUAGAGCGACGUGUUGAGAGUUUGGACUAUAGUGAACUAGAACCAAUAUCUAGUUUGGACGUUCAAAUAACGCAAGUGAGCGGGUCGUAGCGCGACAUCUUAGAGGUUUCGGGACGGCGCUGAUGGCGUUCCCGCUAAACUAUGACAGUGGUCCUUUCGAUAAAUCGACGCAGAAGAUACGUCAUCGCAUAAUAUACGCUUUUGUUAGAUUGCAUGUCUACGACGGCCGAUCACUGGUUUCUGCGUUUAACUAUGAAGGGGCGCCUUGUUCUUAAAGAAUGUCAAUCGAUUAACGACGGAAAAUAAUUAUCGCAAAGGCGUAACAUUACUGAAGCGUUAAAGCCGCUGCUCUGGCGCCAAAAGGGAAGGAAGAAAAUGGUUUAGUGAUUUCGCAUAUCUGUAAGUCGUCGAACCCAGUGGCGCGUCAUUUAUUUUUAUACGGGACCUUUACUUCUGUUUAGGAAGAUGAAGGCUGUUGAAAAAAAUAUCAUAGAGGAUGGAGACCAAUCGCAGUCUAUGCAAGCUUCUUGCGUUGACGUUGAGAGUAUUUAAGGUAAAAAAAAGAAUAUUUUUAUCAGUAUGUACGCCCGUUUUAUCAACUACAUACAAAAGUAUUGAUAUCGCACUUUUUUAUCUUUACCAGCUAGAGGCUAGCAUUAAAUACUCCUGUGUCUCAAACAACCAGGAAUUUUCAGAGCGAAAUCUGUGCUACGCCACGUCUCCUAAGGUAAUUCAUCGCGUCGCGAUGACCUUGAGCCGCCGGAGCGCAGGCGUGACGUCACGCCACGUGAUCCGCUGCGGUACCACGUGACCAGGCGAAGGUUUGGGCACUUUCGUUCGCGAUAACUGCGUUUACAAAAGUUAAACCUCAGCCCAUUUUUUUCUGAAAGCAUGAUCAACCGUUAUGAAACGGUGCACUCACGAAAAAAAAAUCCUUGUAUAAACCGUGCGCGAGUUUUUAAUAAGAGACAUUAGUAAUAGUUAGUCUUCCCCACAUAUCCACCCUAGCCGUACAAUAUACACUGUAGCUCAACUCUCAUACCGUGUUCUUAUGACAAGCCCCAGAACCAAACGAAUCAAACUACAUGUACUGUGCCAACAUUCAUUGUUAUGUUGUACGGUGACGUGUAGAAACACCGCCAAAUAGCCUGUGUUCAAACAGCAUACCAAAAAAAAAAAUCGCUCACGUGCAAAAAAGUUGCAUCAACAAACAGCCUUAAGCAUUGUGCCAAAUGCGACAGUUAAAUCUUGUAUUUUCGGUUACCUAAGCAACGCCAGACGCGUAUUUUGCUGGUAGAGGCUAUAGAGAUAAUCAUUCAACUUCAGCACCUGUUGACAAAAGUUUCACGUAUGUAUGCGCCUGGUAACCGUGCCGCUGAGAAAAACCAGACGGCACCACCAGUCUGGAGAGUUUUAGCGAACGGGCUUUGGAGUCACCAAUCCAAUCGCAAUGAAUCUGCUCAACAGGCAAGGGUGCGAAAAAUUUACUGAAAACCACUGUCACUACAAAGCUUGGAACGCGAUCAUGUAGGUAUCCAAGUGAUUACAGCGCGGUGGGGGUGCGCCAGUGUGGUGAGUUUUAGAGAACCGCCUGCCACAUAUUUUAUCACAGUUAAGCUGCUCAGCAGGCAGGGUUACGAAAACUUUGCUGAAAGACAUUGCCACUUCGAAACCUGAGCACGCUCGUGUAAGCAGCCCAUUAACUACAGUGUGAUUCACCCAACGUGAAGUUUUAUGCCAAGCUUGAUAAGCCCGACUAUUGUUAAGAGACCACGCUCAAAAGUGAAUAUGUGCGAACGUAAAGCGACCAAUCGUUAACGCCAUCACAUUAUAGUUUCAAUAUUCUGUUCCUCAAUACCCGUCAGUAAAGCACCUUAGCUUCGUGUCACUCCGGUCCCUGUAUAGCCGUAGUGGAGUAACUGUCACCCCUAUAAGAACACUACUGAUUGCAUUUCUCUCCAAGUGAGGAGUUUUAGCAUACCGUAAUUGCGCUGAGACAUUAGAGCCAGUACCUGUGUACCGCGCACCAAAGAUGGGCACUUUUUAUACACUCACGAGCUCCCUUCACAGUUAUCCGAAUCCAUAUAUAAAGUGUAGUGGUGCACAGUCACUGAGUCGUUGCUCGCUACGGCUCCCUAAAACUCCUUAUUGCGAAUUUUAGCGCACCACAAGUACUUGAUGAUCUUAUUUGCCAUAUCCGGCUAAUGAACACACAAAUGCCGUUGACGUCUGUUCCAAGUGCGAUUUAAAGGCACACACGGCGCGUACGGAGUUGCUGCGCAAAUUACGUCGUGCUAAAACUCCCUAACGUCGAUUGUCACCGUGCGUGUAAGGCUGUUUUUUCUUUUUGUAAGUGUGACGCACUUGCUUAUAUUUUUUCUUGUUAUUGCACCGCAAUGCACCUUUUUUUGUUGUUGCUGUGAAUGCUGUACACAUUGCUGUUAUCGCUAACGCGUCAUUAAAGCGCGCGUGCAGUUGUGUUUCUUUAUUAUUCUUUUAGCUUGUUCUCGUAGCGCGUUAUCAACCAGUGCCCCCCUUAUCUCCCGACCUCCUUCAGCCUUUGCGAUAGCGCAGGUUGAGAUUAGGAGGGGCGCAAACCCCCCUACACCAAGAAAUCGAAAGACAUAUCAGUUCUUUGCCUCGCGCUUUAGACCCUUCGCUGAGUUUGAAGCCCUGGAUUGGUGUCCUAGCGCGAAGCGUUGUCUGUGUAUCUUAUCUUUCUUUAUCUGUCCGUGCCGUUUUUUUUUCUUUCUCCUAUAACCUUCCGUCUCCUUGUCACUGUUAUCAUGCGCCGCCGAUUUUUGCAGUCGCCGCUAAAGUGCUUUUGAUUCAUGGUCGACGCAGUCGUCAAAGUCACAGAUCUUUGACGAUUCAUUGUUUUACACGUUAAUACAAAAUGGGAUAGUUUUAGCAGACCAUCAGCGCAGUAACGGUACCGUCUAUGCAUCUAUCGAAGCACCACGCCUAAUAUAUUCUGGAGGUCUUGUAAAACUUACCCCCAACGCGAAAUUUUGACUCUGGAAAUCGAUGCACGUUGCGUCGUAGCAGAACACAAGGAGAGGCUUCGUGUCUUUCACAAGCAAGAGAGAACAUGUGUAUCGAUAUGUCGGUCUUGCGAUCCUCUUGACAGGGUCCCUAUCUAUAUAGAUAAUGCGCGUAGGCCUGUUUAUGGAUGCAUAUACCGAGAUCUUACGCACAGAUUGUAACAUAAUUUUUGAACAAUCUUAGCGGAAUGGCGCAGUUUAAUGCGAGUUGUUUGGCGCUACGACAGGGAUGAAGCGCUUCAAGAGUUUUGUUUGGUGGCGGCUGCAAAACUCUUUAAUUCUGUGCAAUGUACUAGUAAAAUAUUCCAUGUUUGCUAACACACUUUUUGUUGCUCAGUCGUCGUUUCGAAUGCUGCGGUUAUUAAUACCCUGUUAACAUUGAGUUAGAAGGUUACAGAAUGUGGAGCUACAUCGGAUAAGGAAAAUGAAAUGUGUGUUCUUUUCAAAGCCGUCAUUUCCAUGACGCACCAAAUUCGCAGAAUGGUUCAUAGCAUGAUCAUGACUUAGCAGAAUUAGCAGAAUGGUUUACAGAAUGAUCAGUGACUUGGUAUAAUUCGAUUAGAACUCUGUAUGGUCCACCCUUCCGCAUCACCAGGUGCGCAGCAAAGCGUUAAAAUUUUAUAGUGUACCGAGUUGCCAAUCAGAUUUCAAAAUACAGCCGAGUGCGCAUGCGCCGUUCUUGCCGUAUAUGCCGGACGUUCGCGCUAGCGCGUGUACAGGAGACUGCAGAACGCAAAAUCUCGAAAUAUUCGACAAAAAAAAAAGAGAUUGUCACUACUACCGGCCUAAAAACGCUAGGCCUUGAUUAGGAAGUUUUAGAUAAACUGGAUCUCUGUUUAACGUAGUUUAUCAAUCUUGCGGCUAAAGUAUAUAGCGCACACAAAUGCCGGGUCUAUACGUAUGCGCGGUGCAAAUGCAUCUCUACUGGGUAUACGCUAAGGCCCCGCAUUGAUCCCGUGUUUCUAAAACUCCCUAACUUUAUUCGCAUUAUUUGUGGUUUCUCCGACAGCACUUUCGUUGCAGAUAGUCCACUAAUAACGCGAUCUUUGUGAAAAGCAGACAAAAGCUGAUGUAACGAAUGAGCGAGCUAUUAGUGUACAUGUAGAUUUUCGUGUCGUAUCAAUUACAAAGGUUUAUCCAGAGGAACGUUCCCUAAAACUUCCUAGUUUUGUGCACACGAUGUGAUUCGUCUGACAGCUAGUUGAUGUCGAAGAGAACCUUCAAAGUGUGAACUCUAACACGAUGUAAUAAUUGGAAACCAAGUGUCCACAAAAACAAACAAAAAAAAGUUUUAGGAACUCUGUGUCUUCCUUAAAUGUCCUUCUUUUCUUUAUUUCUUUCCUUGGUUUGCUUGUGGAUACUUCGCGCAUGCGCUUUCCAGACUAUCGCAUGCAGCUGAUUUCGUUUGCAAAUGCGACUGCUUUGGAGCUGUCACGUGACGUAUGUGCGAUAUUUUUUUUUCUUGGAAGUGACUCGACGUAAAUGAAACGUGUGUGACGUGAGUGGUCUGUAUAUUUGUGUGUAUGAUUUGUAAAUAGGAUAUUAAUAAAAAUACGCAAUUUUAGGACAAA